AGGAGGAAGAAGAGGUAGAAGAAGAGGCUUAUCAGUUCGUGAGAGUGGAAAGAGAGAAAGAAGGAGAGAGCAGAAAAAGCUGUGGCGCGUGGUGGUGGCGAAGGUAACCGGCGGUGCUGGUGCUGGUGCUGGUGGUGGUGGCGGCGGUGGUGGUGGUGGUGGUGGAGGUGGUGGUGGUCCUGGUGCGGUAGCGAACGUAGAACGAGCGAGCAUCCAGAUCUGUCGCGUGCUGCGUGCUGCCUGGAAUGAGGCGGAAGCGGGGCGUGCAGUUACGCGGCGGUACCGAGCGGAACGGGACGAGGACGACGGCGGUCUCGAUGACGAUUUCGAUGACAACGACCGCGCGGUGACGACUGACAGCGACGAUCGCCAUUGA